ACGGUGACGGAGCGAGCCCGAGGAUGGGACGGCGUCAGCUUCCGCUGGUCGAGGCCCUUCUCCUCCUGGGGCUGAACCCCGUCUCCACUUCUCUGCAGAACCAGCACUGUGAGAGCCUGUCCCUAGCCAGCAAUGUCUCUGGGCUACAGUGCAAUGCCUCCGUGGACCUCAUUGGCACCUGCUGGCCCCGGAGCCCUGCAGGGCAGUUGGUGGUUCGGCCCUGCCCCGCGUUUUUCUAUGGUGUCCGCUACAACACCACAAACAACGGUUACCGGGAGUGCCUGGCCAACGGCAGCUGGGCUGCACGUGUGAAUUACUCCGAGUGCCAGGAGAUCCUCAAUGAGGAGAAGAAAAGCAAGGUGCAUUACCACAUCGCUGUCAUCAUCAACUACCUGGGCCACUGCAUCUCCCUGGUGGCCCUCCUCGUGGCCUUUAUCCUCUUUCUGCGGCUCAGGAGCAUCCGGUGCCUGAGAAACAUCAUCCACUGGAACCUUAUCUCGGCCUUCAUCCUGCGCAAUGCCACAUGGUUCGUGGUCCAGCUCACCAUGAGCCCUGAGGUCCACCAGAGCAAUGUGGGCUGGUGCAGGUUGGUGACAGCCGCCUAUAACUACUUCCACGUGACCAACUUCUUCUGGAUGUUUGGCGAAGGCUGCUACCUGCACACGGCCAUUGUGCUCACUUACUCCACCGACAGGCUACGCAAGUGGAUGUUCAUUGGCAUCGGCUGGGGUGUGCCUUUCCCCAUCAUCGUGGCCUGGGCCAUUGGGAAGCUAUACUACGACAAUGAAAAGUGCUGGUUUGGCAAACGGCCUGGAAUAUACACUGACUACAUUUACCAGGGCCCCAUGAUCCUGGUCCUGCUGAUCAACUUUAUCUUCCUUUUCAACAUCGUCCGCAUUCUCAUGACCAAACUCCGGGCAUCUACCACAUCUGAGACCAUUCAGUACAGGAAGGCUGUGAAGGCCACACUGGUGCUGCUGCCCCUCCUGGGCAUCACCUACAUGCUGUUCUUUGUCAACCCUGGGGAGGAUGAGGUCUCCCGAGUCGUCUUCAUCUACUUCAACUCUUUCCUGGAAUCCUUCCAGGGCUUCUUCGUGUCUGUGUUUUACUGUUUCCUCAACAGCGAGGUCCGCUCUGCCAUUCGCAAGAGGUGGCAUCGAUGGCAGGACAAGCACUCCAUCCGCGCCCGUGUAGCCCGCGCCAUGUCCAUCCCCACGUCCCCUACCCGGGUCAGCUUCCACAGCAUCAAGCAGUCCACAGCUGUCUGA